GGUCCACAACCUGGGCAUGUGCCCUGACUGGGAAUCAAAUCGGUGACCUCUUUGUGCAUGGGUCGAUGCUCAACCACUGAGCCAUACUGGCCGGGCGUUCCUGCCUUUCUAGUCAGGGGAGAGUAGUGAUUGGGAAAGAAGCACCAGAUAACCAUUGCUGCAGUCCUGACACCAAAGAUACUCUUGAACAUAGAGGCCUAACACUUGCAUCGUUCAUCCAGUCAUGUAUUAAGUGUAAUCAGCACUGGAAAAGAUGCCGGCCCCAGCUGCCACAUAUGAAAGAAUAGUUUACAAAAAUCCCUCCGAGUACCACUACAUGAAAGUCUGCCUAGAAUUUCAAGAUCAUGGGUUUGGACUGAGUGUUGCACAGUUCAAACAGCUGCUCAUUUCAGCCCUGAAGGACCUGUUUGGGGAGGUGGAUGCUGCCUUACCCUUGGACAUCCUAACCUAUGAAGAGAAGACCUUGUCAGCCAUCUUGAGAAUAUGUAGCAGUGGUCUUGUCAAAUUGUGGAGCUCUUUGACCCUGUUAGGAUCCUAUAAAGGCAAGAAAUGUGCUUUCAGAGUGAUUCAGGUUUCUCCCUUUCUCCUUGCAUUAUCUGGUAAUAGUAGGGAACUAGUAUUGGACUGAAUAGUCUUCAGUUUCAGAAACAUAUCUUUGCUCUCAAAAGUACUUUUUGUUGCCAGCAAACGUUUGAAGACUGAAGCAGGCCAAGAGCUCCUAUUGAUGCAAUUGAGGAUGUUGAAGAUGUUCGCAGUAGUUUCCAGCCAUCGUCUUUGGUGGGGUGGGCUUCAGAGGAGAAUCUGCCUGAACCAGCCAGUGCCAAGCAGGCAGCGCUUUCAGCAUGUGCACAUCCGAGUUGGAGACCGGGCUGAACUCAGCAGGGCCUUCACACAGAAGGAUGUGGUUGCCUUCUCAGAAUUAACGGGGGAUGUCAAUCCUUUGCAUUUAAAUGAAGAUUUUGCAAAAGACACCAAGUUUGGAAAGACAAUUAUACAUGGAGUUCUGAUCAAUGGACUUAUUUCAGCUGUCCUAGGUACUAAAAUGCCAGGGCCAGGCUGUGUAUUUCUUUCCCAGGAAAUUAAAUUUCCAGCCCCUUUAUAUGUUGGAGAAGUGGUUGUAGCUUCUGCAGAAGUGAAAAGGCUGAAGCGGGGCAUUGCUGUCAUUGCUGUGUCAUGCUUGGUAAGAGAGAGUGAAAAGACUGUUAUGGAAGGCUGGGUUCAAGUUAUGGUCCCAGAAGCUCCCAAGCCCUGAACUAGGGGCUUCAAGAAGCAAGUUUAGGCAUCAAUGUGACUGUUUUUGAAGAGCCUCUGAGGAAAAUGGAUUUUUGCUCAACAAGGAAUGGCCAGCAGACCCAGUAGCCCAUAGUUGGGGAUGGGAGCAGGUAGUGAGGUGUUCACAUGUCCACUUUCCAAUUUGGCCUUAUACUUCACACAGAAGUGACUAUUUAUCCUCUAAGUUUGUAAAAUUGAAAAAAAUAUAUUAGGAAAGUUAUCAUUUAACUUAAGGUCCUACUUUUGGGAUUUCAGAGUUAGGUUUGCAUUUGGAUAACACAAACCUACCUGUAUCUGUAUAGAAUAAAUUUCUCAUUGAAUUUAUAGCUAGCUAGCAUUCAAUUAUCGAAGGUAACAAUAGAAUUUAGCUCAUCUUUGAACACCUAUCUUUUACCAGUAAAUAUUCUUAGAUACUGUUCUUCA